AAUAGCACCAGCUUUAUGUCCAAGGCAAAAAUAGCAUUUAUCCAUCCUGAUUUGGGGAUUGGAGGAGCUGAGAGACUCGUGGUGGAUGCAGCCGUUGGGUUGCAAGAUCUCGGGAAUGAUAUCACUAUCUAUACUUCCCAUUGUGAUAAAACUCACUGUUUUGAAGAGGUGUCAAGUGGACUUUUGAAAGUUGAUGUUUAUGGAGACUUCUUCCCCACAACUAUCCUCAAACGGUUCCAUAUCUUCUGCUCAAUACUAAGACAGUUUUAUCUUGUGGCGAAGUUGAUUUUCACAGGGGAAAUCAGCAAGUAUGAUUACUUCAUCAUUGAUCAAUUAUCAUUCUGUAUUCCCGUAUUAGUACUUUUCAAGAACCCCACCGCCAGAAUCUUGUUCUACUGUCACUUCCCUGAUCAGCUCUUGUCACAACCAGCAGGCUUGAUUAAGAAGCUCUAUAGAAUCCCUUUCGACUUUAUAGAGGAAUACACCACUGGGUUGAGUGACAAGAUCGUGGUGAAUUCCAAUUUUACCAAAUCGAUUUUCCACAAAACAUUCAAGAUAAACCAGGAUCCCGGGGUAAUUUAUCCAUGUGUUGAUAUAGAUCAAGCACUCAUUGAAACGGACGAAGACUCUGUUGCUGAUAAAGACAUACACAGCUUCUUCAAAGCACACAAGUAUUUCAUUUCUAUCAAUAGAUUUGAAAGGAAGAAAAACAUAGAAUUGGCUAUUAAAGCGUACAAGAUCUUCAGAGACCAGCAGAACACUGGACCGGCUCCAAGGUUGGUGAUUGCAGGAGGAUUUGACGCGAGAGUUCGAGAAAAUGUCGAGUACUUGCAACAGUUGGAAGCGUUAAGUGAUUCAUUGGGUUUCAAAUCCUUUACCAUUCGAGGAAAACUACUCUUAAUGCCUCCCGCUACCGAUAUACUAUUUUUACCAUCAAUCAAAACAUCUCUCAAGAAGUCUUUGAUUAAGAAUAGUGACUUGUUGUUAUAUACCCCUUCACAUGAACACUUUGGUAUUGUUCCAGUGGAGAGUAUGCUUUUCAAGACUCCAGUAUUGGCUGCGAAUAACGGAGGACCCAUAGAAUCAAUCGUGAACUACUAUGAGGACGCUUUAAAUGCCACGGGUUUCAACAUGACAUUAAAUGAGCAAGAGUGGGCGAAGACAAUGAUCUUGGUUAAUAAACAAGGGCUGGAACUCAACCAACUAUUGGGAAAUAACGGGUUUAAGUUAGUAUUAAAGAAGUUCCUGAGACAGCAAAUGAGUAAAGCCUUUUCAGAGAGCCUUCUUCUGAUAAAACAAGGAAGUGACAAGGGGGCAUUCCUCACGGUGGUGUCCUCUAUUAUUAGAUUUAGAUAUGCUAUUGUUGCUCUCUCGGUGACUGCUCUCGCCUAUACCUUCAUAUAGUAAUUCAUUAAAUCAUAUCGCUAUUUACAUCUAUAAAACUGGAUUCAUAUUUCUCGGAACAUCUUCUUGAAUGAUGACCAAAACUGGAGUUUUUCCACACGUCUUUGCUUCACGGCCUUUUGUUCAUCAAAAAGACUCAAAAGUCCUUGUUUGGUGUUGGAGUAGACAACAUUUUGGCUCAACUCCUUAAUAUUAUCAGGGAGUGUGUCGUAGUUUCUAUCAAUACACCCAUCCAACUCUUCAACUGCAUUUAAUUUGAUUUUAUGAAAACUAGAAGAUGGAGACUGUAGAUUGUAGUCUCUGAUAGAAGCGUUAAUAAGUUUCACCUUAUGUGUGCAGUAGUGGAGUUGCUUUGAACGGAAUAUGCUUCUCAAUUCCGACUUCUCGGGAAUUCCGCUUAGCUUACAAUAGUUGACCAACAGCUUGUCAAUGUUAUUCCUGAAGUUUUCUAUUUCUAGGUUGACAUUCUGCUGGUUCUCAAUCCAAGGAGGAAGUACAUCUUGCUUAUUUAGAAUCUGGUUGAUAAAGUAAUUUGUGUCGGUGGCAUUAGCCAAAUGGUCUCUAGUCAAUGGUUUCCCUCGAACUUUCUCCAUGUUAACAUCAUUGAACCUGCCCGUGGUCAAAUCUAUUUUGGAAUUAAUCUGUGCACUCGCCAAAGUGUUGACCAUGUUUAGAGUAGUAUGAGGGCUAUUUGGAUUUACCAACAUCGUUGGACCUAGAAGUCGUUCUUUGUAGAGCUCUCUGAAGUUAUCUUCAUUAUCCGCUGCGUUUGGAAGGCUUUUUGUUUCUUUAUACUCAGAACUGAUCUCUCUGGCACUCAAGAUCCGAGCACCUGCUUUCAAAUGUCGAGUAGGUUUGGGUUUAGGUGUCAGGUCGAUGAUCAUUCGGAGAUUGACGUUCUUUGUGGACUCUGUUCCAUCCCAUGGCCUUUCGUUGGCUAUUUGUUUUGCAUGCUUGUUGUGGUUUAGAAGGUUUUCCAGCUUCAAGUAGUUGAGGUGCUUCGAGUAUUGGGACUCAAAUUUCAACUUCUCCUGAUGGCUUAACUUGUUGGAAAUGACCGGGUCAUUCUUUAGCUUCUCUUCGAGGAUCUGGCUGAAUCUAUCUGCCAAAGCAGAUUGGGUUUCAAUUUUAGUGGAGUUAAACCGCACUAAGCGAAGCAUCAGCAUCCAU